AUGGUGGACUUCAGCGCUUCCAGAAAGACAUUGCUCACAGGAUUCAUACUGCUAGCAUACUCGGACAUCCUUAACAACAGAACAUACGAUCUUGUUGGAGUGGAUCAAGGAUACACAACCUUCAAGGGUUAUCACUACAACUCCGAGAAAGACAUGUAUGACGAGGUGUUCAGCUAUAAACACAAGGAAAAGAUUCAUCUGGUUAUUCCAGGAGACUUCACAGGGACUGGCAAUGUGAGCUAUGUUCUUGUCACGAAGAAGGGCCCUGGGAAGUUCAACAUCUACAUGUACUUUUUGGAUCAGGACGAAGCAAAGUAUCUUGGAGAAUCGACCGCAGCUCCAUUUCUCUAUGCUUGUCCUGAAGAUCUACGCCCUCAGAUGCUUAUACAAUAUAGUGAUGGACUCAAGAAAGUUAGAAUUGAUGAAGAUAGAAACAUAGUCAAGGACCCUGCUGAUGAGUAUGGAAAACUUCACCGUGAUCAUACCUCUGCAUUUGUUGAGCUUGAUGGGUCCAUGAAAGCCUGUCUCUGUCUUGUUGUUGAUGAUGGGGAUGGAGGAAAGCUUCUGAGGGUUCUAAGCAAUAGAAAUGGGGAGUUCGUGAACUAUUUUGAGAUGAGAUUACCUAAUGAAAUAGGGCCCAUAGUCUUCGGUGACUUCAAUGGGAAUGGAAUGAAUGACAUGGGGUUUGUUCAGAAAAGUGGGGAGAAGUAUCUUCUGAAGAUAUAUUUUAAUACGACAUCCAGGGUUGAUGAAGGAGGCAAGAGACUUCUCGGAGGGUUUCUUCCACAUCAGGUCGAUAGUACGGUGUUUUCUGAGGGAAAUAUGAAGGUCAUAGAUCUGGGCGAAGUAUUUCCAAACUGUACACCAGUACUAAAGUCUGAGGACCACUUUGAGGGCCUACCCUAUGGAAUAUUCAAUGCAGAUCUUAAAGCAAAAGGAAGACAGGACUUCUUUAUCAUAAUGAAGGAUAUAGACAACAGCACCAAGGUUGGAGUUCUUGAAAACAACUCUGUUCCAGAUGACAUUCGGUUUGAGAAGGCAGUGUAUAAUGAAGAUCUAUUCAAUCUCAAAAAUGUUAUCUCAAUAAGCUGCUGUGAUUACAACAACAAGGGACGAGAAGCCGUGUUUUUGAAUAGAGUUGUGGAUAACAGUGCAGUUGUGGAGGCUUAUAAGAACGAUUUAUCUAAAGAAAAUCUAAAGCUAAGCCUGUCCACAAUCCAUCCUGGGCAGCAGAAAUACGGGUCUGUUGUUCCAGGGGUGUCGUACUUGGUGUCCUAUGGAGACGGAGAGAGAAUUAUAAUUUCAAAUCAAAUGCCUUAUAGCACAUUCGUACAUCUGAAACAUCAUGUGGCCUAUAUUGGCCUGGGGACAAUCAAUCUUAUAGUUGACAGCCUGAUGAUAGGAACCCCAGGAAAAAGUGGAAGUCCAUAUGGCGGCCCUUAUGUGAUUGAUUCGAUAGCAAUCCCAAAUACAGAUUUAGUUGUGUACCUGGGAAAGAACGAGAAGUACACUGUGGAAGCACACUUCAUUGUUGGAGAACACUUCAAAACCAUUAUCGGCACAUUACUUAUAGUUGCAGGAGUUAAUCUCGCCUUCAUACUUUUACUCCAAUACAGAGAUAGAAGAAGAAUGAUCAGGGCAAAGAACAUGGACAAGCUUCACCCAUUAUUCUCUACACUGCAAUAA